AUGUUUCAUUUUUUAAUUGAGUCUCAGCAAAGAAUUAAAAACCAGCAAGUCAUCCUUGGACUAAACAUCUUCUUUGCCUUGGCUUUUCAGUCUCAGCAGUCGGAUAACAACUGCCAGGUCUCUGUUGGUGGAGUUUUCCAAAAUCUGACUCUCAGUAGUCUGACACGUGUGGUGGUUAUUGAACAAAGGAGUGAGCAAUUCUCAUGGAAAACCAUCUGGAACUACAACACGGGUGUCAUUGCAACCAAAUUGGUGCAACAGAACACCUGCUACAUUUCUGUCAUGAACAGAAAUGAGAUGCCCAGCUUUGAGAAUCUGGCCCACCUGGCUUCACAGAACGGGAACCAGGUUGGCCUUGGAAGACCUACCAAGAAGAUCACCUUUGUCACCAAUGGACUGGUCAACAACCUCUACUCCUAUGGAACAGAGAUCACAGCUAUGUGCAGUGGACUCACCACCUACAUGGCUACUGAAGUUCACACUUCUCAAGGACACCAGGUGAAUCUGGGAUCAUGCAUUACCCUUGAAGUCCUGAGAAUUGUGGAGCUGAAGUACUGCAAUGGCAAUGGCAAUGGCAAUUGGAAUGGCAAUUUCCCGACUCAGCAGAUUCCUGGGGACAUCUUCAACAACAACACGCAAGGCGGCAUCUUCAACCACACACAAGUCAUCAUUGGGGGCCAGUCCCAAAUUGUGACCAUCAACAGGCAAUGGCAUGUGGCCAUCAUUGAGCAAAAGACCUUCAGCGGGUCCUGGAAAACCAUCUGGAACUACAACACGGGUGUGAUUGCAACCAAAGUCACUCAACAGAACAUCUGCUACAUUUCCAUCAUGAACAGAAAUGAGAUGCCCAGCUUCAAUAAUCUGGCCCGCCUGGCAGAAGAGAGCAGGAAUCAGAUCGGUUUUGGAAGACCUACCAAGAAGAUCACCUUUGUUGCCAAUGGAUUGGUCAGCAACCUCAGGUCUUAUGGGUCAGAUGUCUUCUCCAUGUGCAGUGGACUCACCACCUACAUGGCUUAUGAAGUUCAUGGAGUCCAAGUCAAUCUGGGAUCAUGCAUUACCCUCGAUGUCCUGGGUGUUGUGGAUCUGAAGUACUGCACUGGAAAUGGCAAUGGACAAUCUCAGCAGAUUCCUGGGGACAUCUUCAACAACAACACGCAAGGCGGCAUCUUCAACCACACACAAGUCAUCAUUGGGGGCCAGUCCCAAAUUGUGACCAUCAACAGGCAAUGGCAUGUGGCCAUCAUUGAGCAAAAGACCUUCAGUGGGUCCUGGAAAACCAUCUGGAACUACAACACGGGUGUGAUUGCAACCAAAGUCACUCAACAGAACACCUGCUACAUUUCCAUCAUGAACAGAAAUGAGAUGCCCAGCUUCAAUAAUCUGGCCCGCCUGGCAGAAGAGAGCAGGAACCAGUUUGGUCAUGGAAGACCUACCAAGAAGAUCACCUUUGUUGCCAAUGGAUUGGUCAGCAACCUCAGGUCUUAUGGGUCAGAUGUCUUCUCCAUGUGCAGCGGACUCACCACCUACCUGGCUUAUGAAGUUCAUGGAGUCCAAGUCAAUCUGGGAUCAUGCAUUACCCUCGAUGUCCUGGGCGUUGUGGAUCUGAAGUACUGCACUGGCAAUAGCAAUGGACAAUCUCAGCAGAUUCCUGGGGACAUCUUCAACAACAACACGCAAGGCGGCAUCUUCAACCACACACAAGUCAUCAUUGGUGGCCAGUCCCAAAUUGUGACCAUCAACAGGCAAUGGCAUGUGGCAAUCAUUGAGCAAAAGACCUUCAGCGGGUCCUGGAAAACCAUCUGGAACUACAACACGGGUGUGAUUGCAACCAAAGUCACUCAACAGAACGCCUGCUACAUUUCCAUCAUGAACAGAAAUGAGAUGCCCAGCUUCAAUAAUCUGGCCCGCCUGGCAGAAGAGAGCAGGAACCAGUUUGGUCAUGGAAGACCUACCAAGAAGAUCACCUUUGUUGCCAAUGGAUUGGUCAGCAACCUCAGGUCUUAUGGGUCAGAUGUCUUCUCCAUGUGCAGUGGACUCACCACCUACAUGGCUUAUGAAGUUCAUGGAGUCCAAGUCAAUCUGGGAUCAUGCAUUACCCUCGAUGUCCUGAGAGUCGUGGAUCUGAAGUACUGCACUGGCAAUGGCAAUGGACAAUCUCAGCAGAUUCCUGGUGGUGAUGGCAACACACAAGUCAUCAUUGGGGGCCAGUCCCAAACUGUGACCAUCUACAGGCAAUGGCGUGUGGCCGUCAUUGAGAAAAAGGCUGGCAUUGGGUCCUGGAAAACCAUCUGGAACUACAACACGGGUGUCAUUGCAACCAAAGUCACUCAACAGAACGCCUGCUACAUUUCCAUCAUGAACAAAAAUGAGAUGCCCAGCUUCAAUAAUCUGGCUCACCUGGCACAAGAGAGCAAGAACCAGUUUGGUCAUGGAAGACCUACCAAGAAGAUCACCUUUGUCGCCAAUGGAUUGGUCAGCAACCUCAGGUCUUAUGGGUCAGAUGUCUUCUCCAUGUGCAGUGGACUCACCACCUACAUGGCUUAUGAAGUUCAUGGAGUCCAAGUCAAUCUGGGAUCAUGCAUUACCCUCGAUGUCCUGAGAGUCGUGGAUCUGAAGUACUGCACUGGCAAUGGACAAUCUCAGCAGAUUCCUGGUGGUGAUGGCAACACACAAGUCAUCAUUGGGGGCCAGUCCCAAAUUGUGACCAUCAACCGGCAAUGGCUUGUGGCCGUCAUUGAGAAAAAGGCUGGCAUUGGGUCCUGGAAAACCAUCUGGAACUACAACACGGGUGUCAUUGCAACCAAAGUCACUCAACAGAACGCCUGCUACAUUUCCAUCAUGAACAAAAAUGAGAUGCCCAGCUUCAAUAAUCUGGCUCACCUGGCACAAGAGAGCAAGAACCAGUUUGGUCACGGAAGACCUACCAAGAAGAUCACCUUUGUUGCCAAUGGAUUGGUCAGCAACCUCAGGUCUUAUGGGUCAGAUGUCUUCUCCAUGUGCAGUGGACUCACCACCUACAUGGCUUAUGAAGUUCAUGGAGUCCAAGUCAAUCUGGGAUCAUGCAUUACCCUCGAUGUCCUGAGAGUCGUGGAUCUGAAGUACUGCACUGGGAAUGGCAAUGGACAAUCUCAGCAGAUUCCUGGUGGUGAUGGCAACACACAAGUCAUCAUUGGGGGCCAGUCCCAAAUUGUGACCAUCAACAGGCAAUGGCUUGUGGCCGUCAUUGAGAAAAAGGCUGGCAUUGGGUCCUGGAAAACCAUCUGGAACUACAACACGGGUGUCAUUGCAACCAAAGUCACUCAACAGAACGCCUGCUACAUUUCCAUCAUGAACAGAAAUGAGAUGCCCAGCUUCAAUAAUCUGGCUCACCUGGCACAAGAGAGCAAGAACCAGUUUGGUCACGGAAGACCUACCAAGAAGAUCACCUUUGUUGCCAAUGGAUUGGUCAGCAACCUCAGGUCUUAUGGGUCAGAUGUCUUCUCCAUGUGUAGUGGACUCACCACCUACAUGGCUUAUGAAGUCCACGGAGUCCAAGUCAAUCUGGGAUCAUGCAUUACCCUCGAUGUCCUGAGAGUCGUGGAUCUGAAGUACUGCACUGGCAAUGGCAAUGGACAAUCUCAGCAGAUUCCUGGUGGUGAUGGCAACACACAAGUCAUCAUUGGGGGCCAGUCCCAAAUUGUGACCAUCAACAGACAAUGGCGUGUGGCCAUCAUUGAGAAAAAAGCUGGCAUUGGGUCCUGGAAAACCAUCUGGAACUACAACACGGGUGUCAUUGCAACCAAAGUCACUCAACAGAACGCCUGCUACAUUUCCAUCAUGAACAAAAAUGAGAUGCCCAGCUUCAAUAAUCUGGCUCACCUGGCACAAGAGAGCAAGAACCAAUUUGGUCACGGAAGACCAACCAAGAAGAUCACCUUUGUCGCCAAUGGAUUGGUCAGCAACCUCAGGUCUUAUGGGUCAGAUGUCUUCUCCAUGUGCAGUGGACUCACCACCUACAUGGCUUAUGAAGUUCAUGGAGUCCAUGUCAACCUGGGAUCAUGUAUUACCCUCGAUGUCCUGAGAGUCGUGGAUCUGAAGUACUGCACUGGCAAUGGCAAUGGACAAUCUCAGCAGAUUCCUGGGGACAUCUUCAAUAACAACACGCAAGGCAGCAUCUUCAACCACACACAAGUCAUCAUUGGUGGCCAGUCCCAAAUUGUGACCAUCAACAGGCAAUGGCAUGUGGCCAUCAUUGAGCAAAAGACCUUUAGCGGGUCCUGGAAAACCAUCUGGAACUACAACACGGUGAGUGGCAGGGAUGGGACUUCUUCAAAAUGCAUCCAUGGAGUCUGGCUGUCUGUCCAGCUGGACCAGGGACGGUGA